AUGCAUCGUCAGGGUCACCACCAAGGCGUGCGCGCCCAUGUCCUGGACUGGCCGGCCUUCCUCCGCGAGGCCUACUCCGCCGACCACCUCACCCAGCUCCUCCGUAUCGUCUACGAGAGGGAGUGGGCCGCUGCCAAGACGAAGCAUGCAGGCAAGCUCGUCAACGCCCAAAAAACCAUGGAGCUUGGCGAGACCAUCGAGCUUAUCCUCGAGCUCGGCCCCGACGCCUGCCACAACACCGCCGCCGUCGCCGGCGUCUCCUCCAUGCGGAAGCCCACCAACCACGCCCCCGUCCCCGCUGCCGACAUCUGCCGCGCCCUCCUCCACCAGCUUGUCGCCCGGGUUGACGACCUCAACGUAGCCGACGGAAGUCCGUCGCUCUCCCUCGCCGAGAUCAAAAAGCCCAUCAAGGACCUCAAGGACGCCGCCGCCAAGAACCUCAAGCGCAAGAGGGGCCCCAAGAAUAACACCCCCGGCCGAGACCAAGAGGGAGAAGGAGAAGAGGAAGAACAAGGACAAGAGGACGAGCCCGAGGCGCCGCACGCCGCAAAACGUGUCCGGAUCGACCAGGACCUCCGAAAGUCCCUGACUGACGACUAUAUCUACCGGCUUCUGGGCGCCGGCCCCUCCCUCCUCAACGAGGAGCUCUCGAGCUCCGCCCCGUUCGAUGACCCCACCGCUCUCACAGCCAGCGACAGCUUCGGCUUCGGCCCCGACGUCUCCGCCGCCUCCCUUGUCGCGCCUCCCGGCUGCCGUGGCGCCCAGCUCGUGGCCGCCCGCCAGGACACAGAGGCCGAGCUCGACGCCCUGGUCUUGGGCCAGCACCGCCAGGAUGAGGUCGUGCGCGAGCAGCCUGUCUUCCUUACUUGCUACUACCUAUUGUACUAUAGUAAUAUUAUUCUUAAGUAA